GUGGGAAUGAACACCGUUGAAAGGAAAAUUGCGAACAGGAAAGACGGUCGCAACCGCAUUGCAAUUUGCAUUGGCUUUCUGCUGCUACCAGGCUCGAUCUCCUUCGCACAAGGCACCGUCUAGCAUACUCUCGGAGCCCUGUCCAGCCGCCAGAUGGCGACCACCGCCGCCGCCAGCAGGGCGUCCCUCAGCUCCUGCUGUCGACUGUCCCGCUCAACCGGAGUCGCGGCAGGCCACUCGUUCAGGGGGGUCCAGCUUCCUGCUGUGAGCCCUGCAAAGUCGGCUCAGGGGGGAAGGAGCCAUGGCAUCCGGGCCGUGGCGGCUGCUGAGGUGGCGAAGUCGACGAGCGUUGCUUCCGAUCGCAUCAAGUCCGUCCACGCCCGUCAGAUCAUCGACAGCCGCGGCAAUCCGACGGUCGAGGUCGACCUGCAGACGGACCAGCUUUUCCGGGCCGCCGUUCCGAGCGGUGCGUCCACGGGUAUCUACGAGGCGCUCGAGCUGAGGGACGGGGAUAAGAGCUACUAUGGCGGGAAGAGCGUGCUCAAGGCGGUGCAGAACAUCAACGAGAUCAUCGCGCCCAAGCUGAUCGGGAUGAAUCCCAGCGACCAGAAGGCGCUUGACAGCGUGCUGUUGGAGCUGGACGGCACCGAGAACAAGACCAAGCUGGGGGCCAACGCGAUCCUGGGCGUAUCCCUGGCAGCCACGCGGGCGGGCGCGGCCGCCAAGGGGAUCCCCCUCUACAAGCACAUUGCAGAGAUCGCUGGCACCAAGGAGCUGGUGAUGCCCGUCCCCGCGUUCAACGUCAUCAACGGCGGGAGCCACGCGGGCAACAAGCUGGCCAUGCAGGAGUUCAUGAUCCUGCCGAUCGGGGCCAAGUCGUUCAAGGAGUCCAUGCAGAUGGGGUCCGAGGUCUACCAGAUCCUAAAGAGCCUGAUCAAGAAGCGGUACGGGCAGGACGCCGUCAACGUGGGUGACGAGGGCGGUUUCGCGCCCAACAUCCAGGACAAUCGGGAGGGGCUGGACCUGCUGGUCGGGGCGAUCGACAAGGCCGGCUACACUGGCAAGGUCGUCAUCGGCAUGGACGUGGCGGCCUCCGAGUUUUACACGUCGGACGGCAAGUACGACCUCAACUUCAAGGAGGAGAACAACGACGGCUCCUUCAAGAAGUCGGUCGACGAGAUGAUCGAGGUCUACACCGGGUUUAUCAAAGACUUCCCGGUGGUUACGAUCGAGGAUCCGUUCGACCAGGACGACUGGAGCGCCUGGGCCAAGAUCGUGGCGUCGGCGGGCGUGCAGAUUGUGGGCGACGAUCUGACGGUCACGAACCCCAAGAAGAUCAAGGAGGCGAUCGAGAAGAAGGCCGCAAACGCGCUGCUGCUCAAGGUGAACCAGAUUGGUUCCGUGACUGAGUCCAUCCAAGCCGCGCUCGACGCCAAGGCCGCGGGGUGGGGCGUAAUGGUCAGCCACCGCAGUGGCGAGACGGAGGACACGUUCAUUGCGGACCUGUCCGUGGGGCUCGCCUCCGGACAGAUUAAGACCGGCGCGCCCUGCCGAAGCGAGCGGCUCGCCAAGUACAACCAGCUGCUCCGCAUUGAGGAGGAGCUUGGCGGCGAAGGCGCCGUGCGGUAUGCAGGAGCGGACUACCGGAGGCCUUAAGCGACCCCGUUCGCAAUUGUGCGAGUUGCAUUCUUUGAUGCCCGUUGUGUGUAUGUGGCGUCAACAAGUCGGUCUAAAUGUUCUAGUAAUCUGCUAUGUCUGCGCCCACAAUUCGAAGCUACUGGUGACUUCAUAUUAAAGCAUUUGUUAGGUAUCCAAGUGGCAUCGUUUGUACAGGCUGCCGCGUAGUCAAAAAGCAGUGGAUGUCACUGGAGGCCAGUCGGUCAGAGUUGGAGCACCCCCUAAUACCACGUAAUAGUUGUCAACCUAAAGGUUGGCACAUGCAUUCACAUCCGACGCUGAUUAAAGCUUUUAUACAGGAUACUUCUUGAAAUACAUCUGCUUUGGAAGGUGC